CGUCUGUGUGAAGGGGGAGAGGCUGGGAAACGACGGGAGCACAAGCGAGGCAGAGCUUCACCUUCUGUGGCCCUCUGUCCCCUCGUCCUCGAUGCCCGCAAAAAACACAUCGCCCUACCGAUAACAAGGACACGGAGCUACCGGAGGACCGCGCGCGCUCGAGACGCCACCGCUGUAGCGCCCGAACCGGAGAGAUAUCCACGAUCCAGACGUUAUGAAGAUACAGUUGAACAAAGUAUCAGAUCUUCAGAUCCACCAGGCCAGUCUUCAGUAACUAAACAAAACUGGACUCCGUGAUCACCAUCACUCACUUAUCAGAACUCUACAUUUUUGCUUUCGCUCAUCCACCGCUCUAAAUGAGUGUCUUGGACAGCAAGAUCAGGGCUGGGGCGCACACCAGAACCCACACAGAAUGUCCUGGAUCAACGGCUUCCUAGUAGCCAGAGUGGAUGACCGUAAGACCGCGUGGGGCGAGCGCAAUGGCAAGAAGUCCAAGCGCAAGGUUGGCUCCUCUCUCUGCAACCCACGCUACAUGAGCUGCCUGCGGGACGUGGAAGCCAUGGAGCCUCCUCCCCAGCCGCCCCACGCACAGGCCACCCGAUCAGUAGGAGGAGGUACGGGUGGGGGCAAUUUCGGCGUGCGCUGCGGAUGGCAGGAAGACCACUACGGGAAAAUGGGGGGGGAGGGGGUGGGGCUUAAAUCUGUGGACCUGGGUUUCGAGGACGGCGAGGUCAAGGGGAGGAAAGGGGGCGGCUUGGGUUGCGACAGCUCCAGCGAUGACACGGCCAGCGGCGCGGGGUCGGUGACGGCGGCAGACUGCUGGCAGCGGGUGGUUCGCGUGUUCCAAUCCAAGAAGUUCCAGUCACGCAAACUGGAGCGUCUCUACCAGCGCUACUUCUUUAGGCUCAACCAGAGCUCGCUUACGAUGCUGAUGGGCGUCUUGGUGAUCGUUUGUGGGGUCAUGCUCACCUUCCACUGCAUCCACGGACUUCCUGAUGUGGUCUAUGCCUCCGUGCUCUCUGUGGCCAUGGCCCUGUUCUUGGCGCUAAUGGUGGUGUGCAACCGAAACGGGUUCCACCAGGACUACAUGUGGAUGGUCAGCUACCUUGUGAUUGGAGUGCUAAUCGUGGUGCAGGUGUUCGGGGUGCUGAUGGUGGCCCCCCGCAGCGCCUCCGAGGGGAUCUGGUGGUCCGUGUUCUUCAUCUACAUCAUCUACACGCUGCUGCCCGUGCGGAUGAGGGCGGCAGUGCUCAGCGGAGGAGUGCUGUCCUCCAUACACCUCCUCACUACGUGGAGGAUCAAUCAGGAUGAUGAGUUCCUCUGGAAACAGCUGAGCGCAAACGUGCUGAUCUUCCUGUGCACCAACAUCAUUGGGAUCUGCACUCACUACCCAGCAGAGGUCUCUCAGAGGCAAGCCUUUCAGGAGACACGAGGCUACAUCCAGGCCCGACUGCACCUGCAAAGAGAAAACCAGCAGCAGGAACGCCUGUUGCUGUCAGUUUUGCCAAGGCAUGUCGCCAUGGAAAUGAAGGCUGACAUCAAUGCUAAAAAAGAAGACAUGAUGUUUCACAAGAUCUACAUCCAGAAGCACGACAAUGUCAGUAUUUUGUUUGCAGACAUCGAGGGUUUCACUAGUCUGGCGUCGCAGUGCACGGCUCAGGAGCUGGUUAUGACUCUAAACGAGCUGUUUGCCCGCUUUGACAAGCUGGCUUCGGAGAACCACUGCUUACGGAUCAAGAUCCUGGGGGAUUGUUACUACUGCGUGUCAGGGUUACCUGAGCCCAGAGCGGACCACGCUCACUGCUGCGUGGAAAUGGGGGUGGACAUGAUUGAAGCCAUUUCAUUGGUGCGAGAGGUCACAGGGGUCAAUGUAAACAUGCGGGUCGGUAUCCACAGUGGUCGCGUGCACUGUGGAGUUCUUGGAUUGAGAAAGUGGCAAUUCGACGUGUGGUCCAACGACGUCACACUGGCCAACCACAUGGAGGCUGGAGGCAAAGCCGGGAGGAUCCAUAUCACUAAAGCUACUCUGCAGUACCUGAAUGGAGACUAUGAGGUGGAGCCAGGUUUUGGAGGGGAGAGGAAUGCCUAUUUGAAAGAGAACAGCAUUGAGACCUUCCUAGUGUUGGGCUGCAGUCAAAAGCGGAAAGAGGAGAAGGCCAUGAUGGCUAAGAUGCAGCGCACGCGGACGAACUCUAACGAGGGUCUGGUACCGCGAUGGGUGCCUGACAGAUCCUUCUCCAGGACUAAAGACUCCAAAGUCUUCAGACAGAUGGGCAUUAAUGAAUCAUCCAGCAAAGACAACCGUGGUGCUCAGGAGGCGCUGAACCCCGAGGACGAGGUGGAUGAGUUUUUGGGCCGUGCCAUUGAUGCUCGCAGUAUCGACCAGCUCCGCAAAGACCACGUGAAGAAGUUCCUCCUCACCUUCCAAACCUCCAGCCUGGAGAAGAAGUACGCUAAGAAGGUAGACGAUCGUUUUGGCGGUUACGUGGCCUGUACUCUGCUGGUCUUCUGUUUCAUCUCUUUUAUCCAGAUCGUCAUAUUCCCUCAUGAAUGGUUUUCCUGUGAUACACGUAAACUUGUGGACUGCGUAGCAGAGCAGUUUAACUGGUCGUCAGAGAUGGUUACUCCCUGUGUGAUUCACAACUUGUCUCGCUCUGCAGCCGACGGCCUGAAUAUCUGUCCCAGCAACACUCCCUCCUGCCCCUUCCCUGAGUAUUUCAGCUACAGUGUACUGCUGACCCUGUUGGCCUGCUCAGUGUUCCUGCAGAUCAGUAGUAUAGGGAAGCUGGCUUUAAUGCUGCUCAUCCAGCUCACUUUCCUGCUGCUUGUGGAGUGGCCAGAGGUGGUGCUGUUUGACAACGCAGACCUCUUCGUUACUGCCAAUGCCCUUGUUUUCAAUGAAACUCUGCAAUGGUCCAGUCUCAAUACGACUACUGAGCAGUGUACUUUCAGGGUGACUAAAGUGUCCCUAAAGGUCAUGACCCCAGUGAUCCUCACUGUAUUUGUACUAGCACUGUACCUACAUGCCCAACAAGUGGAGUCAACGGCUCGUCUAGACUUCCUUUGGAAACUUCAGGCCACAGAAGAAAAGGAGGAGAUGGAGGAACUUCAAGCCUACAACCGCCGGCUUCUCCACAACAUCCUGCCCAAAGAUGUGGCCGCCCACUUUCUAGCCAGAGAGAGGAGGAAUGACGAGCUGUACUACCAGUCGUGUGAGUGUGUGGCCGUCAUGUUCGCCUCCAUCAGCAACUUUUCCGAGUUCUACGUGGAGCUGGAGGCCAACAACGAGGGAGUGGAGUGUCUGAGGCUCCUCAAUGAGAUCAUCGCUGAUUUUGAUGAGAUCAUCAGUGAGGAGAAAUACAGGCAGCUGGAGAAAAUAAAGACCAUUGGCAGCACCUACAUGGCCGCAUCUGGUCUUAACGACUCCACCUAUGACAAGGAAGGCCGCUCGCAUAUAACCGCCCUGGCCGACUACGCCAUGCACCUCCGCGAACAGAUGAAAUAUAUCAAUGAGCAUUCCUUCAACAACUUCCAGAUGAAGAUCGGACUGAACAUUGGGCCAGUGGUCGCAGGAGUCAUUGGCGCCAGAAAGCCCCAGUAUGAUAUCUGGGGAAACACAGUAAACGUGGCCAGUCGGAUGGACAGUACAGGGGUCCCAGACCAUAUUCAGGUGACCACAGACCUGCACCAGGUGUUGGCCAGUAAAGGUUACAAGCUGGAGUGUCGAGGGGUCGUUAAGGUGAAAGGCAAGGGUGAGAUGACCACUUACUUCCUGAACGACGGACCUCCCAACAGUUAGCAGCGCACUAGUGUUCCUUUGGAUUCCCACAAUUCCCCAGAGAGGAGGAUUUCUAGAGGCAAGCAGAAGACAAACAAGUAGCCAUCGCCAUCACUUGAAGAAAAAACAAAGAAAAAAGGAAGAUU